AUGGUAGACCGUGGGAAUUAUUUCGAAAAAAUCAAAGUUGUAGCCCUUUUGCUUGUCGAGAGGGGAUAUGCUGAUGCACCUAAGCUUAGGGCAGAGUGCAAAGAGUUCAAGUGUCCAGGUGAUAGGACUGACUGCUGCUGCCAUCGACUGAUGUACAGCCAACCAGACUUCAAUGCUGUUGAGUCUCAUCUUGAAUCUUCGUGCCGUGCACGUGGAUUUGAUGUCAUCUUUUUGCCGAAAUUUCACUGCGAGUUGAACUUUAUCGAGCAGUGUUGGGGCUUCGCAAAGCGUCUUUAUCGAAUGAAGGAUCAGUUGUCGUCAGAGGUUGUUCUCGAGCAUAAUGUGAUUAGAUCACUUGAUGCCAUGCCAAUACAAUCCAUGCGGCGCUUCGCAAACAGAUCCCUUCGGUUCAUCGAUGCCUAUCAAAAAGGACUGAAUGGAGUCCAAGCAGCGUGGGCAAUCAAAAAGUACCGUGGCCAUCGUGUUCUUCCAGAGUCCAUCAUGCGAGAGUUUGAUUAA